CAGAGCGAGCGUCAUUUUUUCGCGGCUUCAUCUCGACAUAAAGCUGGAAAAUUUAUCAGAAUCACUGGAAAGUCACGAACACCUCGAAUCUCACUCGGUGAAUCCGUAAUUUUCCGCAGAGGGAGUGAUAGGGCAAAUGAAGAAAUCGCCAUUGCCGGUGCAGAACGUGCACCGUUCCGAUAAGAGCGUUCUCUGUGGCAAAGAAGCCCUGGUGAAGCUCUUGCGAUGGCAUUUCGGUCAUGCGAAUUUCAGAGGGAAGCAGCUCGAGGCCAUUCAAGCUGUUCUGUCGGGAAGGGAUUGCUUUUGUUUGAUGCCGACGGGAGGAGGAAAAUCUAUUUGCUAUCAGAUUCCUGCACUUGCUAAGCCUGGAAUUGUUCUCGUCGUCUCUCCUUUGAUUGCUUUGAUGGAAAACCAAGUGAUGGCAAUGAAGGAGAAAGGUAUUGCUGCUGAGUAUCUCUCCUCAACCCAAACCACUAAUGCCAGAAACAAGAUUCAUGAAGACCUCGAUUCUGGAAAGCCCUCGGUGAGAUUGCUCUAUGUAACUCCAGAACUGAUCGCCACCUCAGGAUUUAUGUCGAAGCUGAGAAAAAUCCAUGCCAGGGGGUUACUAAAUCUCAUUGCUGUAGACGAGGCACAUUGCGUCUCAACAUGGGGCCAUGACUUCAGACCUAGCUACCGUAAACUUUCAUCCUUGAGAGCUUGUCUGGCCGAUGUCCCAAUAUUAGCUCUGACUGCUACUGCUGCACCUAAGGUACAGAAGGACGUUAUUGACUCGUUGAGUCUGCGAGAUCCUUUGGUUCUCAAGUCUUCUUUCAAUCGCCCAAAUAUAUUUUAUGAAGUUCGGUACAAAGAUCUAAUCGAUGAUGCUUAUACUGACCUUUGCAACUUGCUGAAAUCAUGUGGAAAUAUUUGUGCAAUUAUCUAUUGUCUUGAACGUACAACCUGUGAUGACUUGUCUGCUCAUCUUUCCAACAGUGGGAUUUCCUGUGCUGCUUAUCAUGCCGGGCUCAAUAGCAAACUCAGGAGCACCGUUUUGGAUGAUUGGCUUUCCUCUAAGAAGCAAGUCGUUGUUGCCACAGUGGCUUUCGGAAUGGGGAUAGAUAGGAAAGAUGUCAGAAUGGUUUGCCAUUUUAAUAUCCCGAAAUCCAUGGAAGCAUUCUAUCAAGAGUCGGGUAGAGCAGGUCGAGAUCAAUUGCCAUCUAAAAGUGUGUUGUACUAUGGAGUAGACGAUAGGAAGAGAAUGGGGUUUAUACUGCAAAAUUCGGACAAGAAGAAAACGCCGUCCUCGAAGAAACCAAUGUCUGAUUUUGCGCAGAUGGUGGCAUACUGUGAAGGACCUGAAUGUCGAAGAAGAAAGAUUCUCGAGAGCUUUGGCGAGGAGUUUCCCGCGUCAAAAUGCGAAAAGUCAUGUGAUGCCUGUAAGAACCCGAAUCAAGUGGCUCGUUGUUUGGAGGAGCUCAUGAGCAAUGCCUUCCAUAGACACAGCGGGUCUCGGAUUUUUAUCACCAGCUCGAACAAUAUGGCCGAUGAAGGGCAUUGCUCUGAAUUCUGGAAUUGUGACGAAGAAGAGGCAAGUGGUUCUUCUGAUGAAGAUAUAUCAGAUUCAGACGAUGGCAUUGGAGUGGCCAAGAACGUAGCGGGAUCUAGAUUAUCGAAAAAAAUGGGAAUGGAUGAAAAACUGGUCUUAUUGGAACGUGCAGAGGAAAAAUACUAUCAGAAGAACAUCGCCAGUAAACAGGUAAAAAAAUCUGACAAGAAUGUCAUAUCUGAAUCGUUACGGGAAUCAAGCAGGCAGAGACUGUCGGAUGCGUUGAAGAAAUCUCAACAACGACUUUGCGGUUUAGAACAGAUCGAUGUCCAAAACUCGUCGGAAUUCUUCGAAAACGAGUGCUACACAAAGUACAGCAAAACAGGGAAAUCUUUCUACUACUCACAGGUGGCGAGCACCGUAAGAUGGCUAGGAACCACGAGCCGAGACGAGCUAACGAGCCGACUUAGUCUGAUGGCUCCGCAGAAUUGUACAGGUAGAGAAGCUGAAGAACACAUCGUAACGGAAUCGUCGAUCGUGGAAGAACCAGAACAGAGCAGAGAGGAUGAAGAGCUCGAGAUCGGUGAGUCGGAGCAGAACUUUUCGCCGUGUUUGAGUCUUCCGUCUGUACCGUCGUUCUCCGAGUUUGUAAACCGGAGAAAGAUGCUGCGGCUGAACCCAUCGACCGGAGGUGUCUCUGGUGUCGGAAAACCACCGGCCAAGAUCGCGAGGUUGCAGUAAAAAGCUGUACGUGUUUCUCACUCUUUUCUAAUUUCCAAACUCCUGUUGUGUACGGAAGUCUACCAGUUAUCCAAAGUAUGUCUUAAGCACUACGACACAGACAAUACAAAUCGAUGUCUGAACCGAAAGAGAGUACCACGGAAACGAUGACGUUUUAUUAUCACUCUAAAAACAUCCGUUUCGUAGCAAAUCACGACGCGAUCGUGAUUUUAAGGACCCGUA